AUGGAAUCUGAAAGUUUAAAUGUUGAAACCGGCGAGGUAAAUGACGUUCCGAAUUCUACUGGAAAUUAUGUCGAAGACGUUUUUGCAACUGCAGCUCAAAUUCGCAGACAUAAACGACGUUACUACGCGGGCAUGGAAAACAACCCUCCGCUUUCUGGAGAGCCGAUGGAGGACUUUAUGGAAGCUUUCAGAGUUCAACGACCAGAUUUCGUACUCACACCAGAACAGAUAGAAUGGUUCUACCCUAAAUCAAAAACUCAAGAAGAUUUUGAUUUUACAAAAGAAGCCUUGGCACCAAACGUUAUUCACGAGCAAAGUCAACUGCGACGACUUGUUCCGCCGAUCACUCCAGCAGAUGAUUACUUUGAACCCGAAGAACUUGACGCGCUUAUUGGGAAAGAUCAGCCUUUACGAGCACCUACUAGACAUCUUAUCAGUAAGUUACAAUUUUAA